ACGCGCCUGCGCUCGGCUACAAAAGACGACGGCUGCGGCGCUUCAGGCGGAACUUUCCAGAACGCUCGGUGGAAAGGCUGAGGAGCGGCGGCUGCCCGAGCUGCGCACAGCAACGCGCUCCUUCCCGCUCCCCCACACCGGCAUCGGCCCCCUCACCGGCUGUAGGAAAUGGUGAAAGAAACCACUUAUUAUGAUGUUUUGGGGGUCAAACCCAAUGCCACCCAAGAGGAAUUGAAAAAGGCUUACAGGAAACUGGCCUUGAAGUACCACCCUGAUAAGAAUCCAAAUGAAGGAGAGAAGUUUAAACAGAUUUCUCAAGCUUACGAAGUGCUCUCUGAUGCAAAGAAGAGGGAAUUAUAUGACAAAGGAGGAGAGCAGGCAAUUAAAGAAGGUGGAGCAGGUGGCGGUUUUGGCUCCCCCAUGGACAUCUUUGAUAUGUUUUUUGGAGGAGGAGGCAGAAUGCAGAGAGAAAGGAGAGGUAAAAAUGUUGUGCAUCAACUCACAGUAACCUUAGAAGAUUUAUAUAAUGGUGCAACAAGAAAACUAGCUCUGCAAAAGAAUGUGAUUUGUGACAAAUGUGAAGGCCGAGGUGGUAAGAAAGGAGCAGUAGAGUGCUGUCCCAAUUGCCGAGGUACUGGAAUGCAAAUAAGAAUUCAUCAGAUAGGACCUGGAAUGGUUCAGCAAAUUCAGUCUGUCUGCAUGGAGUGCCAGGGCCAUGGGGAGCGGAUCAGUCCUAAAGAUAGAUGUAAAAGCUGCAAUGGAAGGAAGAUAGUUCGAGAGAAGAAAAUUCUAGAAGUUCAUAUUGACAAAGGCAUGAAAGAUGGCCAGAAGAUAACAUUCCAUGGUGAAGGAGACCAAGAACCAGGACUGGAGCCAGGAGAUAUUAUCAUCGUUUUAGAUCAGAAGGACCAUGCUGUUUUUACUCGACGAGGAGAAGACCUUUUCAUGUGUAUGGACAUACAGCUGGUUGAGGCAUUGUGUGGCUUCCAAAAGCCAAUAUCUACUCUUGACAACCGAACCAUAGUCAUCACUUCUCAUCCAGGUCAGAUUGUCAAGCAUGGAGAUAUCAAGUGUGUGCUAAAUGAAGGCAUGCCAAUUUAUCGUAGACCAUAUGAAAAGGGUCGCCUAAUCAUUGAAUUUAAGGUAAACUUUCCUGAGAAUGGCUUUCUCUCCCCGGAUAAACUCUCUUUGCUGGAAAAACUCCUACCUGAGAGGAAGGAAGUAGAAGAGACUGAUGAAAUGGACCAGGUAGAACUAGUGGACUUUGAUCCAAAUCAGGAAAGAAGGCGCCAUUACAAUGGAGAAGCAUAUGAGGAUGAUGAACAUCAUCCUCGGGGUGGUGUUCAGUGUCAGACCUCCUAAUGGGGCCAGUGAAUAACACUCACUGCUGGCAUUUUAUUUGCAGUAGUGAUUGAGUGAAGGACUAUAAUCAUAAUAUGCUCACUACUUGCUAUUGUUUGUUUUAAUAUUCAACUAUAGUAGUGUUUUAAAAGUUAAAUGAAGAAUAAACUCAAAUAUAAAAGCU